GUUUUCUCUUUUAAAACCUCUCUUAUCCCUUCCCUUCACUUGUCCACUAUAUAACCAUCUCUACACCCCUUCAAUAAUUCAUACCAGCAGAACCAGCAGCCAACCCUCCUUCUCAUUUCUCUCUAUCUUCAACCCCUUCUUCUCUUUAUCUUCAUACAAUUCCCUCAAAAUGUCUGUCUCAGCUACUAAUGCUUCUUCACUUCACUUCCUCUCCCUCUCUCCCAAGACUCCCCUCAACUCUUCAAACCUGAAUUUCAUUCCUUUUUUCCCCAAGAUUUUCAGCUCAACCUUAUCCUUAUCCAUAUCUUCUUCCAACACUAAAGUCUUUAAGCCUGUCUCGUGUUCGAGGUUGAGAGUUGCUAUUGAUGAGGAUACUACUACUUUCUCCUCUGACUUGGAUGAAGAUGAAGAGGAGGAUAACAGGAGCUUCUCGCCUGACCUCAAGCUGUUUGUGGGUAACUUGCCGUUCAAUUGUGAUAGUGCGGUUCUUGCUGGCUUGUUUGGCCGUGCUGGCACUGUGGAAAUGGUUGAGGUUAUAUAUGACAAAAUCACAGGAAGAAGUCGUGGAUUUGCUUUUGUGACUAUGUCAACUGUUCAGGAAGUAGAGGCAGCUGCUCAGCAGUUCAAUGGUUAUGAAAUUGAAGGCAGAGCAUUGAGGGUGAAUUUUGGACCUCCUCCUCCCAGAGAAGAGAACUCUUUCAGAGCACCCAGGGGUGGUGCUGGCGGCGGCGGCGGCGGAGGCAGAAGUUUCGAUAACACCAACAGGCUAUAUGUUGGUAACCUUUCUUGGGAUGUUGAUAAUGUUGCACUUGAAACCUUGUUCAGCGAGCAAGGGAAGGUUGUGGAUGCAAAGGUGGUCUACGACAGAGAGACUGGUAGAUCAAGGGGAUUCGGAUUUGUGACUUAUGGUUCAUCUAAUGAGGUCAACCGUGCUAUUGAUAAUCUGAACGGAGUUGACCUUGAGGGUAGACAAAUCCGUGUGAGUGUUGCUGAAGCUCCACCACAGAGGCGCUAUUAAGUAUUAAAUCCUUUGUUGCUACACCUUCAUCGGGAAACAUCAAGGUACAAGUCAACUUUAGCAGCAGCACUUAUAUUAGGUAUUCAGAUUUGUGUUACUCCUUCAAACAAAAAGCAAGUGCUACUUAAGAUGCACAUAUGAUGCCUGAUGGCAUGUCAUUUCAUGGCUGCAUCUUUAUAUGUAAGGCUUUAGUUAGAAAUGCCAGAGUAUUUAUUUUCGGCACCGCAUCUUUACGGAAAAAUAGUAAUAUCUCCAUUCAAGCUUUUGACCUUCUAAUCAUGUAUGAAGAUACAACUUGACAUUUUCUCCAUUUUCUAGCAUGACCUAAAUUGAAGUUUUGUACUAGUCCAAUAA